GGGUGGCGCAGUACUGUUAAUGGUUUUCCUGCCUGGGUCUUCUCCUACUACCACCGCUGGACAUCAUAGGGUUUUCCUCCACCGUACCUUCCCGCCUACAGCGCCCCUCAUGACUCCCACUUCAAGAUGUUGCUGCUGCGGCGGCGGCGUUGGUAGUGGCGUUCCUCUGUGUAGCCACGCAGGUAUCCGCCAGACCGCAAGAAGUAGGAGACCUGCCGACAGAGGGGGAAGAAAAACCCAUUUUAUUCCCAAACCAAGACCAGAAUGCCGUUAAUGAGUUCGAAAUGGCCGAGACCGAAGGAGCACAGACCGAACCAGAUCUGAUUGUGUUAACAGAGACCAACCAGGAGGGCACGGAGAUCUCUGAGACCAACACAGACCAAACUGGAGCUUCGGAAUCAUUUCCAGACCAAAUCAGCGAGCCUGAAGCCAGUCCAGACCAGAGUGGUGUACCCGAAAACCCGCAGACCGAAACUGACUUGAUGGAUUCCCCGAGCUUCGUGUUUGAUGAAGGUGACAUGACUGAAAAGAAACCAGGCGAAGGUAAAGUGACUUUUCAACCCGAAGGUGAUAUGGGCGAGAUGAUUCCGAGUGAAUCUGCGACCAAAGUGAGCGAAGAUGACAUGACGAACGGGGAAAGUGACAUAUCUGAAGCUAUGCCAGGCGAUGAUGAGAUGAUGGCAGAACAGAAACCAGAUGAAACAGAAGCAACCAAAUCAGAUCCAAAGCCAGACCAUAAAACCACGUCUGAAGCCACGCCGGGUGAAGCUGAAACGUCUGAAAUGAAGCCCAGUGAAGCAGACAUGACCGCUGAAGCCACACCCAGCGGAAAGGACACCGAGAAGGAGAUGACUGAAGGAAGACCGAAGGAUACCACUGACCCCAAUGAAACUAAAACAAGCCAGAAGGAUCAGACACAGACCCAGGAGACCAAACCAAGCCAAGAUACACAGUCCACAGCCAAGCCACAGACCGCGAAACCAGCUGAGAAAGAAACCACACGAAGACCACAACCAACCCAGGAGACCACGCCAAGACCAAGACCAAAGCCAACCCAGAAACUGCCCAGACCAAGACCCACCCAAAACCAGACGACGCCCAGACCGAGACCCAGCCAGAAGGAGACGAGACCGAAGCCAAGACCAAGCCCAAGACCCAGCCAGGCGAGCGGAGGUGACGACAAAAAGGACCAACAGCAAGGGAGGCCGUCUAGUGCCAAGCCAGGCCAGAAGGACCCCACCACACAGAACCAGACCUCUACGUGUCGCGAACCUGGCGUGGAGUAUCCUAAAGGAAUCACCUUCGACGAGCUGCGGGCGGCGCUGGAGGAGGCCCGUGUGCUUCUGAUAGACGUGAGGCAGCCCUGGGAACUUCGCGAGACGGGCCGCCUUCCCUGGAGCUACAACUUGCCGCUGCCGGAGAUCGAGGAGGCUGUGGGACUGAGUGAGAACGCCUUCAUGGAGCGGUAUGGAUUUCCUAAGCCACUCCCGGAGGACAAGAACGUGGUGCUGACAUGCAGGUCUGGCAGGAGGAUACGCGUGGCUUGGGACCUGCUGGAGCCUUAUGGGUACUGCGACGUCAGGUUGUACUUCGGUUCUUAUCUAGAAUGGAAGAGUCGAGGGGGUCCGUUGCUGCCCGUCCCCCCUCCCCGCAGACCCUUCUAGUAAUUCCAAACACAUACAACCUACUCGCCCUCCUCCUCCUCCUCUUCCUCUUCUUCCUCUUCCUCUUCCUUCUCCUCUUCCUCACAUUUUUUUUUUCUUCCAAGGUUUGUUUCAUCGUUUCUUUUUAUCUUGUCUUCUUCUUCUUCUAGUUUUUUUUUAUUGUUUUAUUUUCCUUUUCUUCGCCUCCCAGAGUUUACAUAAAUAUUUGAUAGUUUUUGGUUGUUUCAUCUCUCUCUCUCUCUCUCUCUCUCUCUCUCUCUCUCUCUCUCUCUCUCUCUCUCUCUCUCUCUCUCUUUUAGAUCACCAUUUUUUUUUAUCAUAUAUCCCCAUCUUCUUUGUAUAUUUUUUUUCGUCUUCUUUAUUUUGGUAAUUAGUCUUUUUUUCCGAUUUUCUUGAUGUCCCUUUCAUAUGUUUAAUGAAAUGCAAUGUCUAUAGGCUUUAUUCAUAUAUUUCCAUUGUCUCUCACAUUCUCGAGUGAAUCAUAUUUAUCAUAUCUUAUCUGCACUUUUAACGUCGAACAUAAUGCAAUAGUCACCCAUGAAAGUAGCUAGUUUUCUGCAUUCACAUGUCACUGGAUCUCUAAACGACACGCUGGUUAUUAAUUUUGUUCACUCACUCUGAUAUUAGGGAUCAGUCAAUCAAUAACACUAACACGAAUGACUUUCUUGCGUUUUAAGGUAUGAAACAGUACACAAAAAAAAAUAAUACUUAUAAUUUUAACAAUAUAAUGGAGUAGGUCCUUACAAUGUGAGUACCUACCAUGAAUUUAGAAUACUUCCCUCCCCCUCUCUCCAUAUUACUAAAAAAAAAAAUAUGUUAAUUAUCAAUAUGAAUGUAUGACAAACAAUGAUCUUAGUAAGCUGCUGUGUAUACAUAUGACACUUCGAUCUGUAUCAUUAUAUCUCCGAUCAUUAUAAUAAAACGUGUGAUAGAC